UCGUCAACCUCCGUCAGUCUUGGCUGGACCGUCUAAGACACUGGUCUCCUCACUCCCUACCACUGGUCGGCAGGAUGAGCGAGCUGUGGGGAAUAUUAGGAGUGUUACUGCUAGUCUCAGCACCAGCACGAGGUGACCUUCACGCGCACCACCACGUUCCUACUGGGUCUCCUACAGGAAGUCCUUCAACUCCACAACCUAGUCAUGGAUCGUCUUCUGUGGGACCCCGUGUACCUGCCCAGGACCAGGGUGAGGGAAGCACGGGCUCACCGUCUCACACACAAGGAUAUUCCUACGAAGCUCCUUCACGUCCACUAACAUUACCCACUGCCACCCACCACCAUCGCCAGCAAACUCAUGGCCCUCCAGAUGAGUAUGAUGAACACCAGGACCCGUAUCAUACACACCAGGACAAGUAUGAUACACACCAAGACCCGUAUGAUACACACCAGGACAAGUAUGAUACACACCAAGACAAGUAUGAUACACACCAGGACAAGUAUGAUACACACCAGGACAAGUAUGAUACACACCAGGACAAGUAUGAUACACACCAGGACAAGUAUGAUACACAUCAAGACAAGUAUGAUACACACCAGGACAAGUAUGAUACACACCAGGACAAGUAUGAUAUACACCAGGACAAGUAUGAUACACACCAAGACCCGUAUGAUACACACCAGGACAAGUAUGAUACACACCAGACAAGUAUGAUCACCAAGACCCGUAUGAUACACACCAGGACAAGUAUGAUGAUCAUCAAGACCCAUAUACACCAGGACAAGUAUGAUGAUCAUCAAGACCGUAUGAUACACACCAGGACAAGUAUGAUACACACCAUGACAAGUAUGAUACACACCAGGAGGUAUGAUACACACCGUAUGAUACACACCAGGACAAAUAUGAUCAUCAAGACCCGUAUGAUACACACGGACAAGUAUGAUCAUCAUCAAGACCCGUAUGAUACACACCAGGACAAGUAUGAUACACACCAGGACAAGUAUCAAGACCCGUAUGAUAUACACCACACACCAAGGAUACACACCCAGGACAAGUAUGAUACACAGGACAAGUAUGAUACAGGACAAGACAAGUAUGAUCCUCACCAGGACAAAUAUGAUCCUCACCAGGACAAGUAUGAUACACAGGACCAUCAAGAUAUGAUACACACCAGGACAAGUAUGAUCACCAGGACAAGUAUGGACCCGUAUGAUACACACCAGGACAAGUAUGAUACACAGGACAAGUAUGAUCCUCACCAGGACAAGUGUGAUACACACCAGGACAAGCACACCAGGACAAGUAUGAUCCUCCAAGUAUGA